GGCAGCGGCGCCAGGUGGCUCCGGGCCUCGCCGUGACAGGAUGGCUGGUCCCGACGUCGGGCCUCCCCCGCCGCCACCACCACCGGAACCGCCCGCCCCGCCUGAGGUGGCGGCGGCGGCGGGCAGCGGCGGGGAGUCGGGCAGAGGCAGCGCACAGGUGCUGCCCACCACCAACCAGUCUGUGCAGACAUGCUGCCUGCUCUGUCACCGGGAGCGCAAGGACUGGGGAGGGCCGUCCCACAAUGGGCUGGUUUCCCCGGGCGAGAGGCUGCCACCAGACUUUGUGCCAACGCUCGUGCAGAACCUCCUGGGGGAAAUGCCACUGUGGAUCUGCCAGAGCUGCCGGAAGAGCGUGGAGGAGGAAGAGCGACGGGCGGUGCAGGAGCAGGCCCUGGCGGUCUCGUUAUCCCACACAUCCUGCAAGUCACAGUCUUGUGGGGGUGGCUCACACUCCUCUUCCUCCUCCUCUUCGUCUUCUUCCUCCUCGUGCCACGGGAACUCAGGGGACUGGGACCCCAGCUCAUUUUUGUCUGCUCACAAGCUCUCGGGCCUCUGGAACUCGCAGCACACCAAUGGGACCGUGCAGGGCAGCCCCCUUGGGACCCCUCCAGCUGCACUAGGUGAGGCCUUCCACUCCUCAGAGCAUCAUCAGCACUCCGACCUCACCGCUCCUCCCAACAGUCCCACCGGCCUCCCCUCCCAGCCACCGGCGCUGAUCCCCUCCAAGCAGACACCUCCCCAUCCAGGGCCCUUCAGCUCCCCACCGCACAUCCCGCUGGGCACCUCCUCGCAGGCCGUGCUCUUCCCUGCUCCCAGCGCGCAGGCAGCAGCCCCCAAGCCAGUGUCCGAGUCCCCUCCGGCCAGCACGGCCUCACACAGCCCAGGGCCGUGCAAGAGUCCUCACUUGCCCCCUGCCAACGUGCCGCUGCUGAAGAUGCCGCCACCGCUGUCAGGCUGUGCUCAUCCCUGCAACGGGCACUGCAGCACUUCACUCAUUCCUCCUCCUGCCUCCCACCAGCUGCCCAGCAUAAACAGAGAUCCCUCUUGCAAAGGGCACAAAUUCUCAAAUGGUACCAGCUGCCACCCGCCACAGCCCUGUGAGGCAGACGAAGGACUCGGGGAGGAUGAGGACAGCAGCUCAGAGCGCAGUUCCUGCACCUCCUCCUCCACCAACCAGAAAGAUGGGAAGUUCUGCGACUGCUGCUACUGUGAGUUCUUCGGCCACAACGCGCCCCCGGCCGCUCCCACGAGCCGCAACUACGCUGAGAUCCGAGAGAAGUUGCGUUCUCGCCUCACCAAGAGAAAAGAGGAGCUGCCACAGAAACUAGGGCACAAUAGCAGCUCAGGGGAGCCUGCUGUGGACCACCGCAAUGUGGACGAGCUGCUGGACUACAUCAACAGCACAGAGCCCAAGCCCUUGAACAGUGCCAAGGCGGCCAAGCGGGCACGGCACAAGCAGAAGAAGAAGGAAAAGGAGAAAGCCCAGCUGGAGGCGGAAGCCCAGAAGCGGGCAGAGCGUGCCCCUGCAGCCAGCCAGGCCAGGGAGCCAGCUGAGGAGAAGCUGCUGGAGUGGCCAGAGCUGGAGCUGGAGCGGGUGAACAGCUUCCUCAGCAGCCGGCUGCAGGAGAUCAAGAACACCAUCAAGGACUCCAUCCGGGCCAGUUUCAGUGUCUAUGACCUCAACCUGGAUGUCAAUGACUUCCCCAAAAAGGCAGCUGUCCUGGAGCAGAAGAACCUGCUCUCCAACCUCAACGGGUCUUCUGACCUUCAGGACAUAGACCUGGCGCUGGCCCCACUCAGCUUGGGCCCUGCCAAGAGCCACACACUGCUGCGAGGUGAACUGGGCCCCCGAUGGGGCGAGGGGCCGGGGGAGCCCCCGCCAGCCCCACCGGCCGAGAACGGUGUGGUGAAACGCCUCAGCGCCGUGCCCAGCCUGUCCCGCAUGAUCUGGGUGCAGUCCAAGGCUGCGGACUCUGCUGCAGAUGGCAAUGGGCUGUGCCCGGAGCCCAAGGAGGGACCACAGCCCAAGGGGCUGGAGCCACCAGAGUCCCUGCCCACGGGGAGCCGGCAGCGGAAGAACAAGCGGCAGAACGGGCAGGCAAAGAAAGGAGAGGGCAGCACGCCUGUGUCCAGCAGCCAGGCCCGGCUGGAGAGCCCUGGUGUGAAGGGGCAGGUGCUGGGAACCAAGCACCCUUCCAAAGCCAGUGCCCUGGAGCCACAGCGGGCGAGCGGCUGUGCCGAGCCUGGGGAGAGCGGAAAGGGGCAGCCUUGGGGCUGCAGCGGUGCUGCCAGGGUGGAGAAGGAGAGAACCAGUGAGUGGAAAGGCCGGAGGGGAGAGGGAAAAGUGGAGCUGCCAGAGCUGGCGCCACAGCAGCCACCUGCCCUGGCCACCCACCUUGCCCUUGGGGGCUCUCCCCAGCCCAAGGGUAAGAGCAGGAAGAGCCGAAACAAGGUGGAGAAAUCCAAUACCUCGAUUGAUGAUGUGUUCCUGCCCAAGGACCUGGAUGGGGCAGAGAUGGACGAGACUGACAGAGAAGUGGAGUAUUUCAAAAGGUUCUGCCUGGACUCGGCCAAGCAGACGCGGCAGAAGGUGGCCGUGAACUGGACCAACUUCACCCUGAAGAAAACCACUUCCAGCGCAGCCCAGUGAGGUGUGGAGGGGCCACCCCCACCCACCCACGGCCGCUCACUUCUCCUCACUGUGCCCCCCGCCUCACCUUGGUGGGGUCCCCUCCUUCACGGGGGGCCCCGGUGCUCUCCUGCCCCGCGGGGACCCCCGGGGCUCCCUCCAUCCUCCUGCCCCUCCCCGCGGGGUGAUCCCGGCCGUCCCGUCCCCCUCUCCGCGGGCACGCGGCUCCUCGUGCCGCGGGGAAGGACCGUGCU